AUGUACUCUGAAACCUCCACCGAUGGGCUGAACGAGGUGCCUUUCUCACUUGAGGACCCGGAUUACAAGGGCCUUGAGCUAGAUCUGAUGGCGUUCUGCGAGAAGCAUGGGAAGCCAUCAGAGAGGCUUGUUGCGUUUGAAGGAACAAUGACUGGGAGAAGUGUUGCUCAAUUUCAGUUCAGUGCAGCCAUAGGUUGUCUCAAUGGUAGGAGUAAUGCACAUGGCUGCUUAGCAACUGCUAAGUUGAAUGGAGUGUUACUCUUCUGCCUGGAAGGUCAGAAUUGUGGGUUUGUUCAAUGGGUUGAUGAGCAGUGGCCCCCAACAAUGGAGAAUGCAUUGUUGAAGCUUUGGUCAAUGGUUGAAGAGAGCAAGUGUGCUAGGGUGAAUGAUAAUCUUAAAAGUGCUUUAACUAUUUACCAGUUGACAGAAGAAAAGAACAAGCUGGAUGCAGACUAUGAUAAGUUGGUGAAAGAUGUGCAUCAACUUGUGGAUAUGCAGGAGGAUAGGGUUGUGGAUUUCAGUUAUCUGCAGUCCAACAUCACAUAUCAGCAGGAAUGCAGAGCUGAGUUGGUUGCUGGUAUGAAGGCAGAAAUGGCAAAGAAAGAUGCAGCUACAGAGAAGCUUCAACAGAGAUAUGAAAUCUUGUGCAACCUGACAAGUGCUCAAGCAACUGUCAUCCAAAACCUGAAGUUGAAGAUAUGA